AUGACAUCAACAAACAUCCAGUUCUUCAUUUUCACUGAGUACACGGAAUUCUACGAGGCUGGUUCCAUAUGUUUUAUCCGUGAGCACCAACAAAGUUUUGGCUCACCCAAAACAUUGUCUGUGUUCAUACUUGGCACAUUUACACCAAUGUACUGUGAGAUCGAGAGGAGCUGUUUGGAGACACUGACUGCACAAGAGGCACGUCUGCUGCUGGCCCUCACUGACUGCUCUGAAAGGCUCAAGUGGUUCAGAGAAAAAGCUGCUCUUGGAAGAGCACAGACACUUUCUCUGGGGACUGAAGUGGUUGUGGAAGAAGGAAGUGAGAAGUUGAAUGGUAUCAUCCGCUACAUUGGAAGCAUGCCAGAAUCAGGAUCCGAAGAGCCUUUUACAGCAAUAUUCUUCGGAAUAGAACUGCAGGGAGAAGACAAGGGAAGGGGAAAAACAGAUAGCUGCUACCGCAAUGAGACCCUCUUCAGUUGUGAUAAAGACUGUGAAAGAUGGUUACCUUUUUCUAGAGUCCAGCCACGUCAUUCCAACACUUUCCCCCCACACAGACCUGAGACAUAUUCUCAGUCAUCAGAAACACCAGUUCCAGGUGACAGAGUUACAUACUUUAUUGAAGAUUACUUUUGCUAUGGAAUGGUGCUGAAUGUCCAGGAGAAGGAUGGAAAACAUUUUGUGUUGAUCUCUGCGGAUAUUGAUGCCACUGGGAAGACACGCGAAGUUAAAGUCCCACUCAAAUUUGUUCUAAAGGGAGAAUGGCCUGCUGAGUCUCAUCUGAUUUACCUUGACAAUCCCUCAGUGGAACAAAAAUUUGGCAUGGAUCUAAGUAUAAACUCACUGGUGGAGGUGCGCUCUGAUAAAGCCAGUUUAUAUGGAAUAAUCCGUUGGAUUGGCACCUUUCCUGGAUGGCAAGAAAUUAUGGCUGAACUUGAAAUUGAUGAGGACACUGAAGUGAAUGUUGGUACCUUCAAGAAUGUGUAUUUCUUCCGAUGUCUUCCUAGGCAAACUAUCUAUGUGAAGUAUAGCUGUUGCCAUCCUGAUACACGAUUUCUGAAUGAUAGUGACAAAGAUGUUUCACCAAAGCACGAAAUGACAGACAGGGAAAGAGAUCCCAGUAAUGAAAUAAAGGAUCCUGUAGCUCCCAUCAGCACAGAUCAAGUGGACAAAAUUCUGAUUGGUAAAAUGAAGGGGAUCCAGGGACACUGCAACUCUUGCUACAUGGAUGCUGCCCUAUUCAGUUUGUUUUCCUGCUCAUCCGUGCUGGACUCCAUGCUGUUUAAAUCAAUAGAGCCACAAGAUGCCCCAAUUCAAAGAACACUGCUGAAUGACAUCGUCAACCCUCUUCGAAGUGAGGGCUUUGUGGAAGGUCGACGUAUCAUGAAGCUCCGACAGCAGCUAGAAAAGCAUGGCUACUGUCACUCCUUUACCACAGAAGAGAAAGACCCAGAGGAAUUUCUCAAUGUCAUCAUGCACCACAUUCUUGCGCUAGAUCCUCUACUCAAACUGUCAGCUGGUGGCAAAGUGCAAGAGAGUUACUGUUAUCAGAUUUUCCUGGAGCAGAACCAUAACCUGGUCCUCCCAACUGUGCGACAGUUACUAGAACAUUCCUUUCACAGUGCAGGACUCAAACUAGCAGAGGUGCCUUACUGCCUCAUUCUUCAGAUGCCUCGCUUUGGGAAGAAAUUCAAGAUGUUUGAUAAAAUCAUUCCAUCCUUGGAUCUAGACUUAACUCAUGUCCUCUCUGGAGUUCCUCAGGUGUGCAUACUUUGUGGAACCCCGGCUCAAGAAGAGUGCAGUGAUUGUUUUGAAGAGCCUGUUUUCAGCCAGACAGGAUGCAAAAUAUUCUGCAAGACUUGCUCCACUCAGGUUCAUCACCAUCCUCAGCGGCGCACCCACCAGCCAGCAGCUCUCGACAUCCCCAAAGGUUGCACAGUUCAAGGAGUACCACUGACGAAUGAAAUGAAGCUGUUUGCCGUUCUCUGCAUAGAGACGAGCCACUAUGUCUCUUUCCUCAAAUACGGACCCAACAGUCACGACUGGAUCUUUUUUGACAGCAUGGCAGACAGAGAAGGAGGAGCAGACGGUUUCAACAUCCCACAAGUGCGAGCAUGCCCUGAGGUUGGCAUCUACUUGAACAUGUCUCCAGCAGAGCUGGCCAAUCAGAAUCCUCGGGACAUGACAGGUGUAGCUAAACGUCUCUUUUGUGACGCUUAUAUGUACCUGUACCAGAGUAAAAGUAUGUGCCUUUAUCACUAA